AAGGCGGGACAAAGGUAUUCUGGCUGGGAGGGAUCAGGCAGAAGAGAGAUGAUAUUGAGACCAUAAUCUGCCGCCUUUGGUGGCAAAACAUACGCACAAUGAUAGGUCAGGGAAAAAUCUCAUCUUUCUUUAAGCCCACCAGCCAGAAACGUCCGAUAUCCACGGAGAAAGAGAACACAACACCAAAGAAACUCAAAGCAACCGAUGACAAGGCUGAUCAAGGUAACGUGAGUCUGUCUCCGGAACAGAAACAGAGGAUUGAGGAAAACCGCCGAAAAGCUUUGGAGAAACUUUCGUCCAAGUCCAGUGAUGGAUUGCAGAGUCUUGUCGGACCAACCUGGUAUAAGGCAUUGGCCCCUGAAUUCAGUAAACCAUACUUUAUACAAUUGUCACAGUUUGUAGCUGCUGAGAGGGAAAAGGUUACUGUGUAUCCUCCAGCUGAUGAGGUGUUUACCUGGACAAACACCUGUCCUAUCAACCAGGUCAAAGUUGUUAUACUUGGACAAGAUCCUUAUCAUGGUGUGAGACAAGCUCAUGGCUUAUGUUUUAGUGUAAAGAAGGGUGUGGCUCCACCUCCCAGUCUUGUAAAUAUGUACAAAGAAUUGGAGAAUGAUAUUGAAGGCUUCAAACGUCCCGACCAUGGAAAUCUCACAGGAUGGGCUACUCAAGGUGUCUUGUUACUGAACGCUGUGCUGACAGUGCGCGCUCACAAUGCGAACUCCCACAAAGACAAGGGCUGGGAGAAGUUCACAGAUGCCGUUAUCCGAACUCUCAACACCUCCCAGACAAACGUUGUCUUCAUGCUCUGGGGGUCUUACGCUCAGAAGAAGGGGGCAUGCAUUGAUAAGAAGAAGCAUCAUGUGUUGAAGACUGUUCAUCCGUCUCCAUUGUCUGCCCAUCGAGGUUUCUUCGGGUGUAAACACUUUUCUCAAGCUAACGAGUUCCUGAAGAGUAACGGGAAGAAACCCAUUGACUGGACUCAUCUGCCUUAAUCCACAGAAGUGCUU